AUGGCACCUACAAUCUCUCUGCAAGACUCUCAGCAGACUCUCACUCACAAGAUCCGAAAACCUCUGGUGGAGAAGCUCCGUCGCGAGCGGAUCAACAGCUGCAUCGAACAGCUGAAGUCUCUCCUGGCUUCAGAGUUCCUCCAGCAACAGCCAGACUCCAAGAUGGAGAAGGCCGACGUUCUGGAGAUGACUGUUUGCGUCCUCAGGAGACUCCGAGCAAGCUCUGGAGCAGGGAUGCACUUUGGAGCGUCCUGUGAGAAGAAGAUGAUUCCUCUCAGUAGCGUCAGGAAGAAGGAGAACUCGGUCAAGAGCGCCCCCUGGAGGCCGUGGUAG